AUCUCACGUGAACAAACCCCAGAUACGGUAGAUGAAGCUGCAUCUUCAUACACAGAUCUGGUACCCGGAUCUCCGGGUUCAGGCAAUGAGGAAGGUCAGAAUCAUAAUGCCGCAUAUCUCUUGGAUACAGAUCGAGCCGUUGUGAAAAAAACAAUAACAGACGGGAGUCCAGAAAAUGUACAGAAUAUCCCGUUGGCUGUGAAAGAAACGCAUAGAAAAAGAGUCACGAGUAAGCUAAUCGAAAAGCAAUGGGAAACGUUGGGAAACGAGACCUUCACGUCAUUUGAGAAAUUAUGUGGUAUUUCCAUGAACAAUGUGCUCGAGAGAUUCACACACUCCAAGCAAAGUCACUCGAAAAUAUCCGAAACACAACGAAUCUUGACACAACACUGGCUCAGUACUAAACUACCCAAAUCUUUUUCCGCGCGUUUAAAAGUAACAAAGCUACCCCCACUGAAAUCUUUGAUUGUGAGAAUGAGGGGAGACAAGGAAGCUAGUUUUGACCCGCUUAAUAUCGACCAGGUCAAGCUUAGAAAAACCGUGCUUGAAACAUACCUCCUGGCCGAAUUGAAGCAACUCGAAAGUCUAGAGUCUUACCGAAGCUCUCUUCAAGGUGCGUAUGACCUGGACCUCGAAUACCUUAAUGAUUUCAAGAAGACUACCUCGAAAUUACGAGGACAGAUUUCACAAGAAAGAAACAAAAAUGCAAGGGAACUACGUUUUGAGCCAGAAAAUAGCCAGAAAAUUGAUAUUCAGUUAGCUCAAAAAGCUCCGUUGAUAAACACCGCAACGCUUGCGAGAGCACGUUUCGACCCGGAUGAGGACGGUGACGUAAAGCAGCUUCUAGACGAACUUCACGACGAAGUUUCAAAACUCGAUUCUCGCAAGCGAGAGAUGCUCGAUCUAUGUGACCAACUAGAUAUUAUCGAACAUCAACUA